GUUUCCGCUGCGCCAUUUUAAGAUGCCUCGCCGGGAAAAUGGCGGUUAAAAGAGGCAGAGUUUUUGUGUAUCGCCAAAUAUGAGUUGUAUGCUGGUAACUGUGAAACGCAUGUUAUUGGUUGUGCUAAACGCUCGGCGGUGUGUUGAAGUGCAGCAAAGGAGGCAGUGAUGUCUGCCGAGGUCCUCAGACCCGGGCCACUAGCUGGUGGAGGCAGUAAGCUGGGGGAGCUGAUCGGGAAACUGCAUGAAUACCUGGCAACGACUACUGAAGACAAGAAUGAAUCCAGUUUACCAGGCCACUGGAAUGGAGAGACAGCCAAAGAUUACCUGGAGCAGCAGGUCAAAGUCCAGGCCGCAGAGGAGGCCAGUGGCUCGGCAGGAUUGUUGUCAUCGGGUCGAUCAAGAAGGAAACCGACUGUUGUUACCAAACACAGCGGGAUGAAUGAGUCGGAUGCUUCGUCUGAGAGUGGAGCAGAGGAUGUUGUGUCUGUUCAGUCCAGUGAGCCUGACACCAGCUCUCUACCCAAAGGAACGGUGUUUGUACUGCCGGAGCCUGUGGGAAAUGAAAGUCGUGAUGAUUUUCGUGGUCCUGAAUUCCGGACAAGACGAGUUUACAAGCACCACAAAGACAUUACUGACAGACGGAGAGGGUAUGAAAUGGAGAGGGUAAACUGCACUGCAUGUGGUCAGCAGGUGAAUCAUUUCCAGCGUGACUCAGUCUAUAGGCACCCUAUGCUUAAAGUACUCAUCUGCAAGACUUGUUUUAAGUAUUAUAUGAGUGAUGACAUCAGCAAGGAUUCAGAGGGAAUGGACGAGCAAUGCAGGUGGUGUGCAGAGGGAGGCAGUCUGAUUGGCUGUGAUUACUGCAGUAAUGCUUUCUGUAAGAAAUGUGUGCUACGUAACAUGGGGAGGAAGGAAUUGUCCAGCAUCAUGGAGGAGGAGAGGAAGUGGUACUGUUAUGUCUGCAGUCCCGAGCCAUUGGUGGAGCUAGUGUUGGCCUGUGACUCUGUUAUGGAGAACCUAGAACUAGCUCAGAAACGAGCAUCCCGGCCUGAGACAAGCUCAGUUCGAGGGCGGACCAAGGGCUGUCGUGGUGCAGCCUAUCUGUUGGGGGCAGGAGGUGGCCCAGUGCCCUCUUCAGGACUUUACCAACGAAUGCAGCGGUUUGUAGAUGUUACCUCAUCUCUGAGCCACUCCUUCAGUGCAAUCGUUCAAAGCGAAAGAGAGGAGGAACUGAAGGAAGAGAAGGAGGAGAGAAUGGGACAGCUGAGGAUGUUUCGCUCUGUACUGGACGAUCUGCAAGCAGCCAACAUUGCAUUACAGGAAGCCCUGGACCAUGAGCUGACUGGGUCCAAACGUGCUGGCAGAGUAGCUUUAGAAAGUCAAAAGCCGAAAGGAAGGGCCAGACGGAAGAAAGCAUCACAGAGCUGUGGACUCACUAAAGAGUUGGUGGUCAAACUCACUCCUGUACCAGUCACCACACCAGCCAUCAGCAGUACGUCUCCUUCCAUCUCUCCAUCACCUGAUGGACAAAAAAUAGAGAGCAUAAAGAAAUGUGGAGAAUUGCAGGAAAGAGGGGAAGAUGUGGAGAUGAAGGUGGUGGAGAUGGAGAUGGAUGAAAUGAUUGAGAGAGAAGAAGAGGUUGAGAGUUUUUAUGUUAAUAAUGAUACUGAUGAGGAACAGGGAAAGGAAGAUGGCCAAAUUGACACUAAAAGUUUGUCAGUGGCAGAGGAAAAUAAACGUUCUCCACGUGUGAAAACCACACCACGCCGCCGACGGGCGACCACUAGCUCUGCUGCCGAGCAUGCUGAUCUAGCCGAGGACGAUUCUGAUUCUGAUGAGGUACCUGAGGUUCUGCUUCAGACGGCUGCUGCAAUGGCAAACAGCGAGGAAGAGGGUUUGGUCGGUAGCAGCUGGGAAGGGGAUGAGGUAAACCAGCAAGUCAGGAAGCAGCGGCUCUUUGGGCUGGUAAAAACCACACCUCCGGACAGAAGCUCCCGCAAGCGGAAUCUCAAAGAGAGAUCUUCGUCGUCCUCGUCUUCCUCAUCUGCGUCUUCAAGGAGGGGCUCUCAGGACCAGGGGUCGAUGGUCAAGAUGGCCAUGGCAAGAGCCCACAAAGUUGCCCGGAUGACGGGACAGAGUGAGAGUUCGUCAAGUGAGGUGGGGGGACAGGAACUGGACAGUAGUGACUCAGACGAUCAGAGGAUCAAACCCCUGACAGAGGGCGUCACGUUGCUUGGCUCCGGAAAUUUCCAGCAGUCUUCCGGUGAUGAAAUGGACAUCCAGCCUGGUCCAUCCAUAUCUGUGGAUGACGAUGAUUUAGAAAAUAGAAUUGCGAGGCAGAUUCUGCUGGCUCAGAUCAGAGGUGACCUCUCCUCAGCAUCUGAGCUGGACACCAGCUCUGAUGAGCAGUCAGAGAACACAAGAGGAGAAAAGAAAAGCAAGAGAGGGACACCUGAGACAACAGCCGAGGAAGACAAUGAUGGGUCGGAAUCCAGCGGGUCGCAGACAGAGUCACGUCACCGACACAGACUCCUACGACAUGGUCUUUCCUUAUCAGAGGCAGAAACAAAAUAUCCCAAGCAAGGAGAAAAGACAACGAAAAAGAAGCAGAGAGAAAGAGAAAUACAAGAUUUAGGAUGUGUUAUUUUGAGCAGUGAUGAAUCAUCCAGCUUGGACCUGAGUGAGGAACUCAGCCAAUCAGAAACUGAGGAAACAGGGUCCCAGUCACCUUCUUGUAAGAAGCUGCUGCAGAGCCCAUCACAUUCACCCAACGGGUCCACCAAUGCUGAUAAUGUUAUCUCCCCAAACACUGAGGAGCGUUUAAAGAGCACCCCUCAUGGGAGGAGGCAGAUCAGACGACUUUUGGAGGUAGGUCAGCUGGCCCGGGAGACGCAGAGUGCUCUGAGAGAAGAGGAGGAGCGCAGGAAAAGAUUAGCGCAGAGAGAAAAACAAAGACUGGAGAGGGAGAGAAAAGAACGAGAAGAUGCAGAUUCAGAGGUUAUCAUAGUAGCUGAGAGACCAGCUCAAAACUUCACCCCAUUGAUUCUUGAGCAAGAUGAUGUAAAGAGCAAGCCUUUGGUGCAAGUGCACAUGCAUUUUCUGAGCAAGCUCAAACCGCACCAGCGAGAGGGUGUGCAGUUUAUGUGGGACUGCUGUUGUGAGUCUGUUCAGAGUGUGAAGUCAUCACCCGGUUCUGGCUGUAUCCUGGCCCACUGCAUGGGACUGGGCAAGACCUUACAGGUCAUCGUGUUUCUUCACACAGUGCUGUUAUGUAAAUUACUGCCUGUGAACAGGGCUCUGGUGGUGUGUCCUCUCAAUACAGUACUAAACUGGAAGAGUGAGUUCGACCAAUGGCAGAGGGGCUUAAGACCCCACACACUGAGGGUGACAGAGCUGGCAACAGUGAAAUCAGUGUCAGUACGUGUUGAGCUGUUGAAUGACUGGUUUAAAAAAGGUGGGGUGAUGAUCAUGGGUUAUGAAGUUUUCCGUAUUCUUACACACGGACAUAGCGCGAAAAACAGCAAACACAGAGAGGCCUUCCGCUCUAUGCUCCUGAAUCCUGGCCCUGAUCUGGUAGUGUGUGAUGAGGGUCAUAUUCUGAAGAAUGCAGAAUCAAGCAUCUCAAAAGCCAUGCAAGCUCUCCGCACACGCAGGAGAAUCAUAUUGACUGGCACACCACUCCAAAACAACCUCACUGAGUAUCACUGCAUGGUGGACUUCAUCAAGGAGAACCUGCUGGGUUCUCUAAAGGAAUUCCGGAACCGUUUUAUUAAUCCAAUCCAGAAUGGCCAGUGUGCAGACUCCACCCCUGCUGAUGUCAGACUUAUGAAGAAUCGAUCACAUGUCCUCCACGAGCUGCUGUCAGGAUUCAUACAGAGGCGAGACUAUUCAGUGUUGACAUCCUGCCUCCCACCCAAGCGUGAGUAUGUGCUGUCAGUCAGGAUGACACCUCUGCAGUGCCAGUUAUACACGCACUAUCUGCAGUAUUGCACAGGGAAAGGUGUAGGUGUGGGCAGUUUGUUUCAGGAUGUUCAUGUUCUGAGUCUGAUAUGGACCCAUCCCUGGUGUCUUAAACUUGCUCAACUCAGCAAGAAUAAGGGGAAAGAAGAUUCUGCUCCCAUUCUCACAGCGCUGGGUGCAGGUUUGGUGACACAUUCUACACAGCUAAAUGGUUCUGAAAGAGGAGAGGCAAAGAGCACAGGUGAUUCCCUUGAUGCAAAGAACAAAACUGGAGACUGGAAAGGAAGAGAAGAGAGAGAUGGUGGGGAACCUGGGUUUAGUGUGGGUAAUGGGUCUGCCGCAGAUUGGUAUCUGCCAUUUAUAACAGCAGCUGACGCCAAAGUGCUGGAGCAUUCUGGGAAAUUACAGUUGGUAAUGGAAAUUUUACACCAUGCAGAGGAGCUACAGGACAAAGUGCUAGUGUUUAGUCAGUCUUUGAUAUCACUGGACCUUAUUGAGAGCUUCCUGGAAUAUGCAGAUAAGACCAAGGGGAAAGAAGAGUGUCCAUACAAAGGCAAGAAAUCGUGGGUGAAAAAUAAAGAUUAUUACCGUUUGGAUGGCAACACCAGUGCCUGUGCUCGCAAAAGAUGGGUUCAAGAGUUUAACAACACUAAAAACACAAAAGGAAGGCUGUUUCUGAUCUCCACUCGGGCGGGAUCUCUGGGGAUCAAUCUGGUUGCCGCAAACCGGGUUGUGGUGUUUGAUGCUUGCUGGAAUCCGUCAUAUGAUAUACAAAGCAUCUUCAGAGUCUAUCGCUUUGGACAAAACAAACCUGUAUCGGUGUACCGCUUUCUGGCCCAGGGGACGAUGGAACAGAAAAUUUACGAGCGGCAGGUUGCUAAACAGUCUCUGUCCUCCCGUGUUCUUGACCAGCAGCAGAUUCAGAGACACUUCACACACAGUCAGCUGUAUGAGCUGUACCGCUUCCAGCCAGAACUGCGGCCCAGCAAACACACAGAAACACCUGGGGAUGAGGUGUUGGCCCUGCUGCUGAAGAGCUGUGGGCAGCUUAUAGUAAGUUAUCAUGAGCAUGACUCAUUGUUAGACCACAGGGAGGAAGAGGAGCUGAGUGAGGAAGAGCGCAGAGCGGCCUGGGACGAGUACCGUGCAGAAAAGGACGACAAACCCCAGCGAGCCAACCAAAUACAAAUGGCCUCUGUACAGAACUCUAGUGAACCCCACCCGAUGCUGCUCAGCAGAAACACCAACCAGGAGCUAGAGCUUCAACAGUAUACUCGGCUGGUUAUGGCUUCUCAAAAACUCACCUAUACAACCAAGAAUGGUCCUCCAACUUCAAUGCCAGUUAAACAAGGCAGUGCUUCACCUUCUUUCGCUCAGGGCAGCUCCAAAAGCACCUUCCAGCUGCCAGUCAAACAAGGCAAUACUCCACCUUCUGUCACUAGGGGCAGCUCCAACAUCACCUUCUGGCUGCCAGUCAAACAAGGCAAUACUCCACCUUCUGCUACUCAGGGCAGCUCCAACAUUACCUUCAUGUUACAGCAACCUGAAACUGUUUUCUGCCAUUCAAAAACAAAUACCUAGCCUGGUCCCUCUCUCCCAGUUUUUAGGAUUAGGGAUUAGGUUUACUGUAAAUAUCAGCAUAUUUGGAAAUAUGAAUUUAGAUUUAGCAUCUGAAUGUAUAUUCAUAUUUAGAAUAUUAAGAACACUGAAUUCAUCCUUGGGCACACUUAUGACCAGAGACCUGUGCUGUUGUCAGUAUUACUGCUAAGAGCAUUCAUAAUGGCAACUGUUUGUAAAUUGUUAAAGGAAAAUGAACUACUAAAUGAAAGUUCUCAUCAUUCACUUGCCAUCAUGCCACCCCAGAUGUUAAUGACUGACUUUUCUUUUGCUGAACAAAAACAAAGAGUUUUAGAAGAAUAUUUCAGCUCUGUAGGUCCUCACAAUGCCAGACUCCAGUGGUUUAAUCCAUAUCUUCAGAAGCAAUAUGAUAAGUGUGGGUGAGAAACAGAUCAAUAUUUAAGUCCUUUUUUACUAUCAAUCUCCACUUUCACAUUGUUCUUUUUUUUUUUGUUUGGCGAUUUCGCAUUCUUCAUGCCACCUACAGGGCAAGGAGGAGAAUUUAAAGUAAAAAAAGUGUCUCACCUACACAUCACUUCUGAAGAUAUGGAUUUAAUCACUUGAGUCUUAUGGAUAACUUUAUGCUGCCUUUAUGUGCAUUUUGGACCUUCAAAAUGUUGGUACCCAUUCACUUGCAUUGUGAGGACCUACACAGCUGAAAUAUUCUUCUAAAAAUCUUUGUGUUCAGCAGAAGAAAGUCAGACUAACCUGGGAUGGCAUGAGGGUGAGUAAAUGAGAGAAUUUUCAUGUUUGGGUGAACUUUCAGUUUAAUUUAACAGAACAGGCUGUUUAAAGGAAUAUCUGUUUAAGCAAGACUACUUCCAGACUGAUCUGACUAGUGUGUUUGAGAGCUUCUGCCUUUCCUUACUACCUCACAACCAGUAGCCGUAUUCAGGAAAGUAUGUACGAGUAUGCGCUGUUGGACACUAACAGUGGGGUAAUCAAAAACACUGAUGCUAAUUUCUUUCCUAAAAACUUUAGUUUGUUUAAAUAUGAAAGAGCUUGAAUAAAUUGGUUUUGAAAAGGUCUUGUAAGUUCACACUGUUGUUUGACAGUCUUUUCUGUUUGUCAUCUCAUUGCUUUGUAGAUGUGGUAAAAUAAUAGUUCUACUGUUAAGUAAAGCAAAAACUUGUCUGCUCUUUCUUUCGGGGGCACUGUUUCUCAUCUGAAGGAGAGUGGGUCGUUUGUAUGGACUCUGCUGUAGUAUGAAGGUAAAUCAGUAGCAAAACUCUAGAGCUUGCAUAUUUUAAUUUGAGAACUUGUACAAUAAAUAUUUGUACUCGUAAGUUGAAACUUAUACUUACAGCACCGAUGUGAAAACUUGUAAAAUAAAAAUUUGAAGUUAAAUGUUGCAAUCUGCACUCACAGACAAAAAUUCAAAGCUUGUGUUUUGAAUUCACAAUUGCAGACAAGUAGUCACAAAUGUAUAAAAUGACAUUCACAUAAAUACAACUACAGACACAAACUUGUAUUACACAUUAACUUUUGUACUCUAAUUCAUCUUCGCAGUACAACCACAAAUCGGCACUUACAACCUCUCAAAUCUGGCACUGCAACUUUAAAUAUUCAUGCCUUGACUUUUGCAACAACUUUGUGAAAAACCUGUAGCAAAACUCACUUGUGCGCUUGCAAAAUUGUGAUGCGAGAGAGCAAGACCAGUGUUUGGCAGGGGGAAGGGAGGGGUCAUUGAGUGGAUUGUGUUAACUGGGGAUGUGUGCGUGCAUGUGAAUAAUUUCACUUGCCUUUUCAGAUGAUUUGUUCAAUGUGAAUUGCCAAGAAACAAAGAAAAUACAUUUUGCACAUUAUGAAAACAAUGCUGGUAUCAUUAUCAACCAGCUUUGUUUCAUUGAUGUCUGUUCUAAUGAAUUUGACACAGUUUAAGAGCGAUUUUAAUGGUUUUACAGGGUAACCUGUGUUAACGUGGGACAUUGGUUUGAAUGGGAACUGGCGAUUACACUUUUCAGAGCAAUAAAUCCAAAGUGGAAUUAUUUUAUUCAAUAAUAUUUAUUGUACAAGUUCUCAAAUGUAAGCUCUCGAGUUUUGCUAUUGAUUUACCUUCAUACUGUAGCCAUAGAUGCUUCAGUAGAGAGCGAGGGAGACGGGAGUCGACGGUUACACCACUGAUGCUUCUGCCCGCGUGACUUCGUGCUGCUUCUCUAAUGGAUUCCUGUGACAAUCCUUAUCGUGGUCGUUGAUAUGGUUGUACUAUGCAUAUAUCGGGCACUUCCGUUGGAGUUAGUAACAUUUUCGAAAAUCCUGUGAAAAUAUGAAAAAAAAUUAUAUGAAGGUAAAAUAGUACCUAAAUGAUUUGCAUGCGCAGAGUAAGAUUUGUGAAAGCGUUAAUGAAGUUACAAGCGUAAAAAUAAAUUGCAUGCGCACAGAACGUUUUGUAAAGGUGUAAAUCAAGUUGCAAGCAUAAGAAACAAAUAUUAGCAAUACUUUAAUGCUUUACAUAAGUGUAAUUCAUGUGCUGUGAAUCUGUAAUUGCGUAUUAACACAAAGUAAAUUUGGUGUGAAUUCUUCUGACUUUUUUUUUCGCUCUUACACUUUUGACACCGUUUUUGCACCUAAACAUG